CGAGUGCGCGCACACUCCAGCGCAGUCGCAUUCUCUGUCCCCCGCCCGUAAAGCUGAAUGCGCAUAACACUAAUCCCAGCUUUUUGACUACGCAGAACCCAACUUUGAGAAGGAGAUGAAUAUGUCAUAUCAGGUGACCUCGUCGGGAGGAAGUGGGAUUUCUAUGGGUAACAUGAACGCAAUAACGAUUAACACUCAACAGAUGGGACACAUCAGCUCCGGCAUGAUAAGUGACGACCUUAGUGAACCUAGCUCUCCCGAUAGCUCGACAUUUGAUGCCUCGGACCUCCUAAGUACAUCAGUUCAAGAUGAUGUCACAGCUCAACUUGCUGCUGCAGGUCCUAUUGGAGUAGCAGCAGCAGCUGCCAUUGCUUCUGGUAAAAAACGAAAACAUCCACAUCAUUUUGAAACCAACCCUUCCAAGAGAAAACGACAACAAACACGACUUCUCAGGAAGCUGAAGGCUACUAUAGAUGAGUACAAUACUCGGAUUGGACAGCAGGCAGUGGUUUUGUGUGUCACUCCAGGAAAAAUGAGUCAAUCCAUCAAUGCCUUCAAAGUAUUUGGUUCACAGCCCUUGGAGGGAGUGAUGAGGAACAACAAAAGUAUGAUUGUCCAAGAACUGGAGCAGUCUCUGAAUGAACAAGCUCCACCCACCCAGCCGGACACGUCAGGUCUUCACGAAUUACCUCCCUUAAACAUUGAUGGUAUCCCCACCCCAGUAGAUAAAAUGACACAGGCACAGCUGAGAAACUUUAUCCCUGAGAUGUUGAAGUAUUCCACGGGGAGAAGUAAACCUGGCUGGGGGAAAGAGGAGUUUCGUCCUGUGUGGUGGCCCUCCAACCUACCCUGGCAAAACGUGAGGAGUGAUGCCCGCACUGAGGAGGAAAAAAGAAAGGUAUCUUGGACUGAGGCAUUGCGGGCCAUUGUCAAAAAUUGCUACAAACACCACGGUCGUGAAGACCUACUUCAUGUGUUCAGUGAGGAAAACUCUGGACCCUCCUCACAGCCUCUCCCCCAGGCCCAGGCCUUUACGGGGACCAUGGUACAGACCAUUAACAAUCCUGACGGCACCGUGUCCUUUAUACAGAUUGACACAUCACCUCAGUCUGUGGUUACCCUGGCUGACGGAACACAGGCCACAGUUGUACAUGCUAUCCCCAACAUCGGCCAACAGGAGGCCACACAGGCAGUGCAGACUCUAGCGGAUGUAGCCACUCAUCACGAGGUCCCUCAGGGCAUGACGACACAGCCUAUCACCAUGGAGAUGAACCCAGAAACGGGCCAGGUCAAUGCCCUUCCUAUAAGUCAAGGUCACCAAAUCAUUUUAGCAGAUGAUUCUCAUAUUGGAGGAAUAGUUACAAUACCUGUAUCCAUGUACCAAACAAUUACCGGGGCAACAGUUGGCAUGUCAACAGGAAGUGAUCCUCAACAUGUACAAGUUGCCAUGACACCAAUAUCAGCAGCUGGUGCCACAGUGGCCAAUAUAAAUGACAUUGUGAAAGUAGCAGGUCAUUCUGUAGAGGUAUCAAUGGAGCAGAAUUCCACAGGGUCAUAGUGCAAGAAAUUUCUGGAAAAUCUUUAAUAUUUUUGAAUAGACCAGUUUGUGUUAUGUGAUGGUAUUAUUUUUAAAAUGUUAUUUAUAGAUAUGUGUUCAAAGUUGUGAUCAUGCAAGUUGAAAGCAGUCUUGGUUUAUAGGUGAAUUUCUUUUCACUCAAAUGAUCUGAUGCAAAUAAAUUUCUACAAUUUUUUUUAUCCCAUUGAUAACCAUGCCAACUGUUUUGUACCUGAUUGUUGUUGAUAUAUCAGCUUAUCGAAAGAUUCAACAAGGAAAGUGGAAAUUUCCCUUAGUACUUUGUGUAUUUGUGUAUUCAUUAGCGUCACAUUUUUUUCUCAUUUUGGAAUAUUAUGCUACAAAUAACUUUAAUAAGUGCAAUGUAAGGCAGGUUUUCAUCAAAAGCAAAGUGCUUUAACAACACUGCAUGUAUUUUUGGAAAGAAAAAUGAUAUUGUUAGACAAUUUUAACAAAAGUAAUUUUUGCACCAUGUUGUAUAGGACUUUAAAAAAGCCAACUAUAUAUAUAAAUUUGUAAAUGUAUAGAGAGGAAGAGAGAGGGAGAAAAGUAAUUUGUAUACUUUUACAGUAAACCAUUAGAAGAUAAAAGAGUUUUGUUUUACAAUCAUACAAUCAACAGUCUGACACAUUAGUUACUAAGAUGCACCAAAUUGCUGAACUGAACUGAGAUCGGAUUGGACACUAUUGACUCCAGAGUUGAGUGCACAACAAUAUACUUUUGAGUUAAUAUUAAAAAGAUGCUGGAGUUCCUCAUUGACACAUCUAUGUAGUUUCUGGAAACCAGGUCUUUCAACAAUCUGUUGGAAUCCCAGUGAGCUCUAAUUGUACUCCUUUGUUAGUCAACAUGUUUUUGUAUUUUCUUAUGAAGCAGAAUUUAUUCAAAAACUUCUACAUGAGAAGAAAUUUACUGCAGUAUCCUUCGAUUUUACAUUUUAAUAUAUUGAUGAUGUAUUAUCAAGUAAAAAAAAAUAUUUUCAAU